CAAUGUAUUGCAAGCAACGAAUGGGAAAGCAGUACCGCAUCGGCCGAAGUGAGCCUCGUAUGGGACGGCCCGCACUUCACCCACACCUUCACACCCCUGGAACCGCUCAGUCCGGGUCAGUCCCUAUCGCUCAAGUGCUCGGCUACUGGUCUACCCCUACCGCAGAUCGUGUGGACAGUUGACGGGCAGCCGGUGUCCGACAACUGGCGCCUCCGUAUAGGGGACUACGUGUCCAGCGAUGGUAUAGUCAACUCAUACGUCAACAUCUCUAACGUCCGGGUAGAGGACGGCGGACUGUAUAAGUGUUUGGCGCUGAACGGCAUGAACACAGCCGUACACCACAAUCGUGUGGUAGUGUUGGGCCCGGUAUUCGUGCGGCCCUUUGCCCACAACAUUACCGCCGUUGCUGGUCAUGCGGUACGGGUCGACUGCCCGGCCAACGGCCACCCAAUACAGUCCAUACAGUGGUUCAUCGGCUCCGGUAGUAACCAAUGGACAAAACUACCCCAGAAUCACCGGCAAAGAGCCCUAACCAACGGCACACUCAUCAUCGAGUCGAUAGAGAGCCGUACGGACGAGCGCUGGUAUAGGUGUGUAGUGAACGGGUCGUCAGGCGGUUCAGGGAGUGUGGGGUUGACAGCUCACGGCAAUGUCUACAUAGAGGUAUUGGUGGCCCCCGUAAUCAACCCCUUUCACGCCUCCCCUAACCUCCGGGAAGGUAUGCGACAGAUGUUGACGUGUGCUGUGGUCGACGGCGACGCCCCCCUCAGCAUCCAGUUUCUCAAGGAUGAUGUGCCCGUCCGCCCGACCCCUCCCGGUGCCGACCAUACAGGGGGUAGACAUGAAGUGAAGGUAACGGCAAACGAUGUGUUUUCAAAAUCCCUGUUCAUAUCCAACGUGACGGCCGAUGACUCCGGUAACUACACGUGCGUCGCGUCCAAUAGAGUGGCCAACACGUCAUACUCCACGUAUUUAAAUGUUCAAGUGCCGCCUAAAUGGGUGAUUAGUCCGAUGGAUACGGAGGCCAUUGUCGGCCAGAAAGUGGUCAUGAAUUGUGUGGCCAGCGGUCAGAGUAGGGUCUGGUGGGAGCGAUCGGAACUGGCCGACGGACAUUUGCGCACGGUCAUUUCAAAUUCGCAUAUGCACACCAUGGAAAAUGGCAGUUUGACUAUCAAUGAUGUUACCCCGGAUGACGAGGGUGUCUACUUGUGUCAGGCUAAUAAUGGUGUGGGUAGUGGUCUGAGUAAAUUGGUCCAGCUCAAAGUGCACGUUGGGGCCCAUUUUAAGAGCAAAUUUGGUUCGCAAACCGUCACUAAAGGACAGGACGUGUGGAUUGAGUGCCUAUCAUAUGGCGAGCGGCCGAUAGCCGUCGCCCUAACCAGAGAUGGCCAGCCGUUUGACGCCGGCGUCGAAAACCGGUAUCAAGUGAUCCGUAACGAGACGUCGGGUGUGGCCGACGUGUGGCUGAGGAUACAUAUACUCGACACUACCCGUCGGGACAGCGCUCUCUACACCUGUAUAGCUAGUAAUAAAUAUGGCCGUGAUGAGUUUAAUCAUCAACUAAUUGUGCAAGAGGCGCCGGAUAUACCGGAAAACGUGAUGGUAAACGAGAUCACUAGCCGUACGGCCCUAUUGUCAUGGCUGGAGCCGUACGCCGGCAACGCUAUUAUCAUUAAAUAUCGGCUGGAAAUGAAACAAUCGCUGAACGGUUGGCAAUCCUCCCCUCAAUCCUCCCCUCCCGGCGAU